AUGAUGAGAUAUACAUCACGUUCAUCCAGCUACACGUCACUCUCGACGCCAAAGACGUUCGUCCAAACCCCACGUCACCCUCAACGCCAAAGACGUUCGUCCAAACCCCACGUCACCCUCAACGCCAAAGACGUUCGUCCAAACCCCACGUCACCCUCAACGCCAAAGACGUUCGUCCAAACCCCACGUCACCCUCAACGCCAAAGACGUUCGUCCAAACCCCACGUCACCCUCAACGCCAAAGACGUUCGUCCAAACCCCACGUCACCCUCAACGCCAAAGACGUUCGUCCAAACCCCACGUCACUCUCGACGCCAAAGACGUUCGCCCAAACCCCACGUCACUCUCGACGCCAAAGACGUUCGUCCAAACCCCACGUCACCCUCAACGCCAAAGACGUUCGUCCAAACCCCACGUCACUCUCGACGCCAAAGACGUUCGUCCAAACCCCACGUCACUCUCGACGCCAAAGACGUUCGUCCAAACCCCACGUCACUCUCGACGCCAAAGACGUUCGUCCAAACCCCACGUCACCCUCAACGCCGAAGACGUUCGUCCAAAUCCCACGUCACUCUCGACGCCAAAGACGUUCGCCCAAACCCCACGUCAGCCUCAACGCUAAAGACGUUCGUCUAA